CAAAAUUGAAUGUUCCUAUAUUCUUGUAAAUGUAUUACCAUUCACACUGCCACGUUUAAUUUAAUUACAACAUAAAAUCCGAAUUCAAAACAUACUAAAUAAACAUUUGACAUUUUUUUAGGAGAAAAAAAAACAUUUGACUUUCACUUAACAUAAUAUCGACAAAACCGGGCACAGCCACUAGAAAUAGCAUAGCCCCUCAAAGUUAGGAAAUCCAUAUUUUGCUGAGCAAAAUAGGAAUCUCCUAAUAAACCUCCACUUGUCCCCACAUUUCAAACAAACAUUCCCAUCAUUUUCGCCUACAAAUUUUACUCAGUCUUUCACCAAAAUCCCAACACUCACACAAACACUUGACAUCACUCUCUUCCCAUCUCUCUCUCUCUCUCAGAAAUAGAACAGAACAGAACCACCAUGCUUCCAUUUUGAGGAUGACCCUGAGAGGCAGCAGCGGGCAGGCGUGCGCGUCGUGCAAGUUCCAGAGGCGGAGGUGCACCCCUCAAUGCCUCCUUGCACCCUUCUUCCCGGCCGAUCAGCCACAGGUGUUCCACAAUGUUCACAGAUUGUUUGGAGUGAAAAACAUACAGAAACUGCUCAAGGAGCUCCACCCCGACCAGAGGGCCAUCGCCAUCAAGUCUGUCAAGUUCCAUGCUGCAAUGCGCGAGAGGUACCCCGUUUGCGGAUGCUUGGUCGAAGUUCAGAACCUCGCCUAUCAGAUUCAACUAGCUGAGAAGGAACUCCACGCCGUCCUGCAACAACUACUUUACUAUCGUCAGCAACAACGACAACAACAAGACACGUCGCCUGGAGAUGAUUACCUCUCUCAGUUGCAGUUAGGCAUGGCGCCUCCAGGGAACACGGCCAUGGUCGCCGCCCUCAUCCAGCAAGACGACCAGCCAGAGUAUAACCUUGUGGCAGCACAUCCCUCUUCUUGUUCCAAUAAUGUCAAUAGGGAUCAUUACAACAAAGACUGUAAUGAUGUCGACUCGCUAUGCAGCUAUAGCAACAACGACUACAACAACAAUGCCAAUUCAGCGGUGAUGCAAUCACAAAUGCCUACUUCACAAACCAUACCUCAGGUCCCACAAGAUUACAAUGAGAUGUAUUCAUUUUUUGACAAUAUUGACGACAGACAAUCUUAUAUUGGUCCCAAGGAAGUAUACGAAUCCAGUUUGGACUCGUCGGUUAGAGAUUGCAGACAGUCUGAUGAGCAAAUAGCAGAGAACGAACUGAAGAAUGCUGCAGCAUGCUUUAGCCUUACAAGCUUCAACUAAUAACAUCAAAAUGGUGGAUGUUCUAGGAAAGAGCCUUGGCCGAUUGGGAAGCCAUAUUUAUUUUCUCAAUCAUACACAACUUUCAUAAAGUAAGCAUUACAAUUCACAUUAUAUAUAUAUAUAUAUUUCGUCUUAAGUGUACAUUUUCAUAUGCAAUGAACAAGUCAGUCUUUCUUCAGAAAACUAAUGCUCAAUUCACUUAGCCUAAGAUGUAGGAGAUAAUUUCUCACCUCAAUUGAAUUUGAGACGGUAAUUUUAUACAUCCUUAUCAGCCUGCCUCAAGAAAUUACCUUUUUCAGUCCCAUAGCAAGAUGAAAACUGUAUGACAGUAAAAAACUUGAUAAAAUCACAGUAGUUUGUUUUUCAACCGCAAAUAUAAGAAAUCAUGUCAACCCCUUAUCAGUGGUGCAACAGGUAACGUAAUGGAAAAAUAAAAUGUGCAAGCUAACAGCAACACCUCAUCGGUCUUGGAUAAUUUUGACAGACUGAUUGAAAGGUAUUGAUGAUCAAAUAAGUCAGAAUGUACUCACAAGACGAGAUUUUCAUAAAUUUCAUUGAACAGAUAAAGGCUUGUAGCAUUCAUGAUUAGGAGAUGAAUAAGAAAUCAAAAAUCUAUGGAAAUAUUAGAACUUUAGAGAAUUAGAUCAAUAAGUAGAAAGAUGGAAGAAAUUAUUUAGAACAUAAUUUCCAGCUUGAUAAUAAUGUAUCAACCAUCAAUAUAAAUAUAAAAUAGUCGUGCUGACCAGUAGGAAGGUGGAACAGGCAACACAAAUGGCAUAAAAGGCUAGCAUACGAGUAUAAUAACAAAUAUAUGUCAAUGCUACAGUUUUUGGAGUAAGUGUUUGCUUUAUACUAGUAAGAAGCUUACACGAAGAAAGUUUUCUCUAAACAAAAGCUACUCACAUCUAAAGGAAGAACUCUGAAAAAGUUCUGUCUUGUAAGAUCUUAAUAGCUAAGAUAACUCAGACUACUUGCGUAUAAUCUAGAACUAACAUCCAUAGCUUUUGUCCUACCCAAUACAACUGGAGAUUUGAGAAACUACUCUCGUCGGUCAUUAGACUAUAACCUCGAAUUGUGAAAUACAUUAGUGUUCUUUUAAUGUGAUUAUAUCAUAAAAUGUACAC